CGCGAACAACAUUUCGUUACUAGUGAGUUCUCCGUUCAUCCAUCGCCGUCGGAGAGAGAAGAUUGACUCAGGUUCAUGCUUCGCCACGAUUAUUCAACUUCCGAACAGGUUUAAAUCAACGAUUGCAGCGAAGUACUGUUUGCUGUAAAGCAUCAUGUCAAAUAUUACAGUAUGCGCACGUUUUAGGCCUUUGAACUCAAAAGAGAAGCAAAAUGACAAUAACUCUGUUUGCAUUCGAUGUAGAGAUUCCGAAACUUUCAUUUUCAAGGACGAAAAGGAUGAAGAAUCCGUGUUUAGCUUUGAUAGAGUGUUUUACGAACAGUCUGAGCAAGCUGAUGUCUAUCAGUUUCUAGCUCUUCCCAUGGUUAGAGAUGUUGUUGAUGGAUACAAUGGGACAAUUAUCACUUAUGGCCAGACUGGAGCUGGGAAGACAUAUAGUAUGGAGGGAUCUGGUAUACUUGAAUGUGGUGAACAGAAGAAGGGACUUCUUCCAAGAAUUGUAGAGGGAAUUUUUGAUUCCUUAAAUUCUUCUGAUGAAAAGAAAACAUAUUCAAUUAAAUUGUCAAUGGUUGAAAUCUACAUGGAAAAAGUGAGGGACCUAUUUGAUUUAUCAAAAGUUAAUAUACAAAUUAAGGAGAGUAAAUCACGAGGAAUAUUUUUGCCCGGUGUUACAGAGGUGAGCUAUUUUUUGGGAACUUUGUAUCUUAUUACUGUGCUGGACCCUGCUGAAGCAUUGCAAAACCUGUCUAAGGGGAUAGCUAACCGGACAGUUGGUGAGACCCAAAUGAACAUGGCCAGCAGCAGAAGUCACUGCAUUUAUAUAUUCACAAUUCAGCAAGAAUUUUCCAGAGAUAAAAGGACGAGGUUUGGAAAACUAAUUCUAGUGGACUUGGCUGGGUCAGAGAAAGUGGAGAAAACAGGAGCAGAGGGAAGAGUUCUAGACGAAGCCAAGACCAUAAACAAAUCCUUGUCUGCUCUGGGAAAUGUAAUAAAUUCUCUUACAUGUGGUCUGCAAGGAAAAACAAGCCAUAUCCCCUAUCGUGAUUCCAAGCUCACUCGAAUUCUUCAGGAUGCUCUUGGAGGAAAUGCUAGAACUGCAUUGCUUUGUUGUUGCUCACCCAGCGCUUUUAAUGCAUCUGAGAGUCUGUCCACUCUUCGUUUCGGUGCAAGGGCGAAACAUAUAAAGUCGUCUCCUCGCUUGAAUUACAGUGAAGAAAAAAGUGACACAAGUUCUAGUGCUGCUUCUCUGUUUGACGACGAGUCAAGCGCUAGAAUUUUGACCAAGUUGAGGGAGAAAUUUAAUGUUGAAGAUGUGAAGUUCCUAGAGGAAUUGUUCAUACAAGAGGGCAUUCUCUUUGACCUUUCAUCUGUUGAAGAGGAGUCAGACAUAGAUGACCUCACUUUACAGAUGAUAUCCUUGCUGCAAGCAGCUAUGGAAAAGCUUACAGCUACUGUUGACGAGGUAAGACAAAAAUGUGCGAUAAUCUUUCUCUUACUGCAGAGUAAUGUUUCGGUCACUUCCAACCAUUUGGGCACUUUUUGUUUACCAGAUUAA